AUGCUGACAAAAAACGAAAACAUACGGCAUUUCCAUCGCAAACGAUAUCUAUCUUGGGCUUCAAAACUAACAUUUUGUAUUCGCAUUUUAUCUGUUAUUUUCCGCCUUUUUUUUCCAUUUUUGGACGAGUUCAAUUUCUCUUUCUCUCGCUCGCUCUCUUUCUCUCUCUUUUUUUUAUUCUGUCUCUCUCUCUUUUUUAUUGUCUCUCGCUCUUUUUUUAUUCUGUCUCUCUCUCUUUUUUUUAUUCUGUCUCUCUCUUUUUUUUAUUUUGUCUGUCUCUCUUUUUUUAUUCUGUCUCUCUCUCUCUUUUUAUUCUGUCUCUCUUUUUUAUUCUGUCUCUUUUUUUUAUUCUGUCUCUCUCUUUUUAUUCUGUCUCUCUCUCUCUUUUUAUUCUGUCUCUCUCUCUCUUUUUAUUCUGUCUCUCUCUCUCUUUUUAUUCUGUCUCUCUCUCUCUUUUUAUUCUGUCUCUCUCGCUCUUUUUAUUCUGUCUCUCUCUCUCUUUUUUUUUCUCUCUCUCUCUCUUUUUUAUUCUGUCUCUCUCUCUUUUUUUAUUCUGUCUCUCUCUCUUUUUUUAUUCUGUCUCUCUCUCUUUUUUUAUUCUGUCUCUCUCUCUUUUUUUAUUCUGUCUCUCUCUCUCUUUUUAUUCUGUCUCUCUCUCUUUUUUUAUUCUGUCUCUCUCUCUCUUUUUAUUCUGUCUCUCUCUCUCUUUUUAUUCUGUCUCUCUCGCUUUUUUUAUUCUGUCUCUCUCUCUCUUUUUAUUCUGUCUCUCUCUCUUUUUUUAUUCUGUCUCUCUCUCUUUUUAUAUUCUGUCUCUCUCUCUUUUUAUUCUGUCUCUCUCUUUUUUUUAUUCUGUCUCUCUCUCUUUUUAUUCUCUCUCUUUUUUUAUUCUCUCUCUCUCUCCUUUUUUAUUCUCUCUCUCUCUCCUUAUAUCUAAUAUACACACACACACAUACUGCAGUUUCUUAUUAUUGGUCUCUGUUUUUUUUCUCUCUCCCCCUUCCGUUGAAAUUUUCGUUUUUCUUCUUCCUUUUCUGUUCUUCUUCUUUUCUUUUUCUUUCUUUUUUUCUUUUUCUUCUUCUUUCUGUUUUUCUUCUUUCUGUUUUUUUCUUAAAAAAAAAAAUUUCAUUUUUUUCUUUUCUUUCUUCUUCUUUCUGUUUCUUUCUUUUUCUUUCUUCUUCUUUUCUUUCUUCUUUUUUCUUUCUUCUGGUUUCUUUUUCUUUUCUUAAAUUUUUUCUUUCUUUUUUUCUUUCUUCUUUAUUUUCUUCUUUCUGUUUCUUCUUUCUUUUCUUCUUCUUCUUUCUUUCUUCUAAGGAGUUUCUGAAAAAAUUAUUUCUUCUUCUUCUUUUUUUUUUCUUCUUUUUUUCUCUUUCUUCUUUCUUUUCUUUCUUUUUUAAAAGAAUUUUUUCUUUUCUUUCUUUUUUUUCUUCUUCUUCUUCUUCUUUUUUUCUUCUUUUUUUUUUCUUCUUUUUUCUUUUCUUUUCUUCUUUUUUUCUUUUCUUUCAGCAUUUCUUUUCUUCCUUUUUCUUUCUUUUUCUUCUUUAUUUCCUUCUUCUUUCUUCCUUCUUUUCUUUCUUUCUUUUUUUUCUUUCUUUUUUUUUUUUUCUUUUUUUCUUCUUCUUUCUUCUUUCUUAUUCCUUUGUUUCUUCUUUUUUUUUCUCUUUCUUCUUCUUUUUCUUUUUUCUUCUUUUUCCUUUUCUUUUUCUUUUUUCUUCUUCUUUUUCCUUCUCUUUUUCUUUUUCUUUUUUCUUUUUUCUUUCUUUUCUUUCUUUCUUUCUUUCUUUUCUUUUUCUUUCUUUCUUUCUUUCUUUUUUUUCUUUUUUUUCUUUUUUUUUUUCUUUCUUUUCUUUUUUUUUCUUUUCUUUCUUCUUCUUCUUUUUUUUUUUUCUUCUUUCUUUUUUCUUCUUCUUUUCUUCUUUCUUUUUCUUCUUAAUUCUUUCUUUCUUUUCUUUUUCUUUCUUUCUUCUUUUUUCUUUCUUCUUUUUCUUUUUUCUUCUUCUUUUUCUUUUUCUUCUUUCUUCUUCAAAAUUUCUUUCUUUCUUCUUCUUUCUUUUUCUUUUCUUUUUUCUUUCUUUUUUCUUUCUUCUUUCUUCUUUUUCUUUUCUUUCUUCUUUCUUUCUUUCUUCUUCAAAUUUUUCUUCUUCUUCUUUCUUUCUUUUUUUCUUUUCUUUCAAAAAAAUUUCUUCUUUCUUUCUUUCUUUCUUUCUUCUUCUUUCUUCUUUUUUCUUUUCUUCUUCUUUCUUUUUUUUUUCUUUCUUCUUUCUUUCUUUCUUUCUUUCUUCUUUUUUUUGA